CAGGAGGAGGAGGAGGAGGAAAAAACCUGGGCAGAGGUUAGGAGUCACAGCUCGGGAUUUGUGACGUGGUUCCCGAGGGAAAAGGAGGAGGCUGAGCAUAAAAAGGGAAAUCCAAAACAAAAAAAACCAAAAAACCCCAGCGAUUGUUGGUCUACGUUUCAUUUGGUGACUUUCCAAGUGGGCUUGGUGCGUCCGCGUCUCAGGUUUUUGGUUUCUUUCUGACUCGGACGGGAUGUCAUAUGCUUCAGAGCUCCCCGUAUAAAUGGAGAGGCAGCACACAGCCAGGAAACUUUACUGCGCCGAGGGAUGACACUCUCGAGUUAACUGGCAAUUGUUCCGAGGGUUUUUCGUCUUAACUGCUUGUUUCCUGGCCGCUUUGAACAUGGCAUUUUAUGCCGAAGGUCUUAGGAAAGGAUUGCUCUACGGAGGCAUGUCUCAGUUCCAGGAAAUGAUGCGGCAUCAGCUGGAGAGCUCCAUACACAGCGAGAUGGAGAAGCUGCUGGACACCACGGCGGGCGCAGAGAGAGAGGCAUGCAAGAAAGACUUUGAGGGCUUCAAGAGUCUCUUCCACAGGUUCCUCCAGGUGAAGGGUCCAUCGGUGGAGUGGGUCAAGAUACAGCGACCGCCCGAAGACUCGAUCCAACCGUACGACAAGAUCGUCGCGCGGGGCCUCCCGGAGGGCGUCGCCGACAGCCUGAACAAGUUGGUGGUGGUGAAGCUGAACGGGGGUCUCGGCACCAGCAUGGGCUGCAAGGGCCCGAAGAGCCUGAUCAGCGUCCGCAACGAAAACACCUUCCUGGACCUCACCGUGCAGCAGAUCGAGCACCUGAACAAGACGUACAACACGGACGUGCCCCUGGUCCUCAUGAACUCCUUCAACACGGACGAGGACACCAAGAAGAUCCUGCAGAAGUACACACACCACCGGGUCAAGAUUCACACCUUCAACCAGAGCAGGUAUCCUCGCAUCAACAAGGAGUCGCUGCUGCCCGUGUCCACCAGCCUGAGCACGACGGGCCAGAACGGCGAGGCCUGGUACCCGCCGGGCCACGGCGACAUCUACGCCAGCUUCUACAACUCGGGCCUGCUGGAGCAGCUGAUCGGCGAGGGCAAGGAGUACAUCUUCGUGUCCAACAUCGAUAAUCUGGGCGCCACCGUGGACCUGCACAUCCUCAACCACCUGGUGGGACGGCACAACGGCAAGCGAUGCGAGUUCGUCAUGGAAGUGACGGACAAGACGCGCGCCGACGUCAAGGGCGGCACGCUGAUCGAGUACGAGGGCAAACUGCGCUUGCUGGAGAUCGCCCAGGUGCCCAAAGCCCACGUGGAUGAGUUCAAGUCGGUGUCCAAGUUCAAGAUCUUCAACACCAACAACCUUUGGAUCUCGCUGGCCGCCAUCAAGAGGCUGCAGGAGCAGAAGGCCAUGGACAUGGAGAUCAUCGUCAACAACAAGACGUUGGACGGGGGUCAAAACGUGAUCCAGCUGGAGACGGCGGUGGGCGCGGCCAUCAAGUGCUUCGACAACGCCAUGGGCAUCAACGUGCCCCGCAGCCGCUUCCUGCCCGUCAAGACCACCUCGGACCUCCUGCUGGUCAUGUCCAACCUGUACAGCCUGGAGGCCGGCUCGCUCACCAUGAGCCCCCGCCGGGAGUUCUCCACCACGCCGCACGUCAAGCUGGGGAGCUCCUUCACCAAGGUCCAGGAGUACCUGACCCGCUUCGAGAGCAUCCCGGACAUGCUGGAGCUGGACCACCUGACCGUGUCCGGAGACGUCACCUUCGGCAAGAACGUCUCGCUCAAGGGCACGGUGAUCAUCAUCGCCAACCACGGCGACCGCAUCGACAUCCCUGCCGGCUCCAUGCUGGAGAACAAAAUCGUCUCGGGGAACCUGCGCAUCCUGGACCACUGAGGCCACGCCCACUCCCCCCCCCCCUUGCCUGGCUCCAUCCCAGUCAUGUGACCUAGUUUUUUUUAAUUAUUAUUAUAGGACGCUGCCCCCUGCUGGCCAACAAACGACUCUUACGUGAUAAGCUCGCAUGAUAGAUAACUGUUAUACUUUUUAUUAAUAUCAAGGACUAAAUUAAUGAAAACAGGCCUUUUAUACUGUACUUACUCGUCAUCAUCUCACAAUAUUGUGCAUUGUUUUUUUUUUUUUGUGUGUUGUCAAUCACCAGAUGCCGAACAUGCGCACACACACACACACACACACACACGACUGAACGCAGCAAUAAGUGUUAAAGUGUGACUGAAGUCUCAUUAAAGUGCAAUAUCAUACACUGAACCAUGGCCAUAA